AUGGUGUACACGGAUACAAGCACCAAUCACUAUGAGGCGGUGGACGGUGACCUACUUCCAAGACCACUUGCUGUCAAAAGCAAACAAGACCCGACCUUCACACCGCAGUUUGACUUUGUGAAUCUCAUACCGGGAAUAGCGUAUUGCCACGACAAUGAUGAAUCGAGACCAUCUUCUCGCGACAGCGUGACAACCGAGCUUUGGGAAGACGACGUCCAGCAAACACAAACGAACGAUGCACGGGUGCGUCGAAGGCAGAAGUUGGAGGGGACUCAUGAAUAUUUGAAGAUUUGGGAAACCUUUUCCGGAGUUCACCAAGCAGAAUGGGACACUAUAGACCCCAAUACUGAACUCUUCGAAGAACCAUUUACAUCGAACCAUGAUGUGCCAGCGUUGACCCUGGGGCCUGUACAGCCAAUGCCCACCAUCGAAGGACUUGCCAAAGAUCUCGAGUUGACGAUGGAGUGUCCUAGUGAAGCUAUUCACAAGAGUCAUGGACGGGGAAAGCCAAGUCAAUAUACCAUAUUCCCCAAACAGCCAACGUCUACACAUAUGGCACCGCCAACAAAAUCUACCGUCGCACCUCAAACUUUUCCAGAUCCACCAGAUUUGCCACCACGGCGUCUGAAUGGGAGAACCAAAUCUUACCCCAACAUCGCAUCAAAACUAAUGGUCACCGACGUCCCGCCAGUCACACCACUAUCAAUCGCCGCCACAUCACUUGAGACAUGGGAACAACCUAGGACUCCUCCAGUCCCUAAACGACGCUCACUGUUGCCACUGGGAGGGUCAAAGUCAAAUUCCGAAAUGAGAAGAGCAGCUCGGCAACAACGCGCUUCCUACUGUCCUCCCACAACGAUGGCACGCACAGCAUCGAGGUCGGAGCAUACUCUACCGCUGCCGUUGGAGGUGGACCACAUCACUUCCGUCUUUGAGUCCGACUCGGACACGGAGAAUGGGGACUACCAGAGCAUGUUCCAAAAUCACAUGCGCAAAUUGCGCACCAAGAUGGCGCGCAGGAAGAGCCACUAUGGAGAAGAAGACACCAAAAAGGACAGGAGCAGUUAUGGUAGUGAGAAUACUGUGCCGGUUCUCAAGUUUAGCGUGGCGAACGUGGCCGCGGAUAAAUCCGCGUUCAAACGCAAACGCAGCAGUCUUGAUUUCGAGGACUUGUGGUAUAAAAGCAAAAGAAGAAUAACAAGUAUAAUAGUGUUGUAUAAAAGAUCAGAAAGGUAG